CCCCCUGCUGCGCUCUCCUGUACUCUUCUCUUGCUCCUCUUCCAGGGUCAGCCACUCUUUUGAAGUUCGAGGAGUUCUGGAGACGCACAUCUUGUCCCUCGCAGCCACCAUGAUUCACAGCAGCAGUAUCCGCAGAUUUCUCCUCCUGGUGCUCCUCGGCCUCUUGGUGGCCUUUGUACACACAGACACAGUUGCAGACUUAUCAAUCAGAGACACCCAGGACACCACGUCAGGAGAACCACCCAGUGACGUGACCACCAAAGAUCCUAACCAUGACACGACGGAGCAGUCCUUCACCCUCGACUACGAGGACAACACACACUCUCCGGACCUGCUCGAUGAACAAUGGGUGCUGGGGCCAGGGGCCAUCACAGCCAUUGUUAUAGCCGUCUUCUUAGGAGCUUCUGUCCUCCUCGCCCUCAUCGUCAUCACACUCAGAAAGUUCACCACCUCCUAGAGUGAAAUAUCCCCAUCUUGUGUGCAUGUGUUUAUGUGUGUUUGUAUGUUCUCUUUUCCCUCUCAUCUCAGUCUCUCAACCCUUUUUUUGCAGAUAUGAGUUGUGUCUUUUGCUUCCCUGUAGAUGCUAUAAAUUGUGGCAGGUCCCGUGACUGACUUACAGAUGUCUUUCUAUAAACACACUUUAAAUGUUCCUCAACAUGUCCACUUUUACUGCAGGUAUAAUGUUAGAAACUGGCUGGCUCUUCCAGUGGAAAUCAUAGCAUGUCCAUGUCAUUCACUUUGUUUUUCCUCUUGAUCUUGCAUGCUCUAAAGGGGCUUUAAUGUUGUGGGCUGUCUAUUUGUACAUUGAGUGUGUGUGUGCUUUCGUCAGUGUCUGUGUUGUACUUUUUUCCUUCAAAAAUAAAGAUACACAUGAGGUUUGUUUAGUCUUAAACAAUAAUUAUGCCAAAAUCAUGUCUUAAAAAUGUCCCUUGGUGUCACCCUUAUACAAGUUUGUAUUGCACCAUUUACAAACAUUUGUAGAGUCCAAAUAAGAAAACAUUUAAGAAAGGCUUCUUCGGUGAAUGUAAACAGGGUAGUUUGGUUGUUGGUGUGUGCCUGCAGUUAGAAUGUGGAUGAAUUUGUGUUUGCACUCAUGUGAGUGUUUGUAGGUUUUGUUUUUGUCAUGAUUUCAAUUGCAGGGGUUUGGAAAUUAUUUUAGAAACCUUUUUAUUUACGCCUAAGAGUCCUCAGCCAUACAAAUGGAUAAUGCAAUGGUAAUAUCACUGCCAAAUCAUUUUGUGAUAUUUAAGUUAAAUAAAUAAAUCAGAUGCCAAACGU